AUGUCACCCCUUAACUCUGUGAUGUCAUCAUUCCCAGACCCACGGCCGCUGUACCGUGAGGAGACCAUCGUGAUCGCCCUGGCGUCUGUCUCCAUAGUAGCGGUGCUGAUCGUGGCGCUGUUCUUCGGGUACCGCAUGCUGAGUGGAGACAGGAAACAGGGACUACACAACAUGGACAUGAUGGAGGCAGCAGCCUCAGAACCCAGUCUCGACCUGGACAGCCUUAAACUACUAGAGGUGAGCUGUUAUAGUUGGAAUAAGGUUACAAUGGCCUCUAACACCACAUUAUUGUCUCUUAGAACUGUAGUAACCUUUGUCUCAUUCAACAGCUGCUGUGUUGCUUAUAGAAGACUGACACUGUCUCUGUCUCUGUCUCCAACCAUCUUUCUUUCACCUUCUCCCUGUCCCUCUCCAUCUACCCACUCUCUCCAUCUCUCUCUCUCUCUCCCUCUCUCUCCCUCUCUCACUACCCCCUCCCAGAUGAUUGGUCGAGGGCGGUAUGGCUCUGUGUAUAAGGGUUCUCUAGACGAGCGUCCCGUGGCGGUCAAGGUGUUCACCUACCAGAACCGCCAGAACUUUGUCAAUGAGCGAGCCAUCUACCGCGUCCCCCUGCUGGAGCACGAUAACAUCGCACGAUUCAUCGUUGGAGACGAGAGACUUACAGCCGAUGGACGCAUGGAGUACCUACUG